CAGAGCUGGAGCCCAGCUGCAGUCAAUCAUUCCCAGAAGCUGGACGCACAAACAGAAGCGUGACAGAGCUGCUUGCCGGGACGUUCGCGAAUCUCUUUCAGAAAUGUACCAACCAGCCCUGGUGACAUUUGCUGUGCUGCUCUGCUCGCCAGCCCUGGUAGAUGGAGGGAAGGUCCUGGUGUUCCCUCUAGAUGGAAGCCACUGGAUCAACAUGAAGGUCAUCAUUGAGGAGCUUCACGCCAGAGGUCAUGAGAUCACGGUUCUGCGGCCAUCGGAUUCCUGGUACAUCAAGCCCGACUCUCUUCACUAUAAAGCCAUCACCAUCAACAGCUCUGCUGGAUUUGAUAAGGAAAACUUUGGGUCAUACGUGAUGAAGACAUUAAACCUGCGACGCCAGGGUGCCUCGUUUUGGACCCGCAUGUCUCUGGAGAUUGAUGUCAUGAAAAACUUCUAUCGGAUGAACAAGCAGGUGGUUGAGAUGGUGGAAGAGAUGUUUGAAGAUGCCAAACUGAUGCAGAGCCUUCGUGAUGCCAAAUUUGAUUUAGUUCUAACGGACCCUGCAAUUGGUGGGGGUGUGCUUCUGGGUCACCGUCUGGGUCUUCCACUUGUCUUUAACGUCAGAUGGACUGUUCAGGGGGAGGGGCAUCAAGCGAUUGCUCCUUCCCCACUCUCUUAUGUCCCCAUACCAGGUUCAGAGCUGACUGAUAAGAUGACCUUCACCCAGCGGGUCAAGAAUGUGAUCUACUACUUAUUCACACGUAUACAGAUCUGGUACGUUACAGAACCCAACUACAAACCGUUCGUCCAUCGUCACUUCGGCAGUGACGUGCAUUACAUGGAGCUGUUUCAGGCUGCAGACAUCUGGCUGAUGAGAAACGAUUUCACCUUUGAGUUCCCAAGACCCACAAUGCCAAAUGUCGUCUACAUGUCGGGAUUUCAAUGCCGAGCGUCCAAGCCUCUGCCCAAAGAUCUUGAGGACUUCGUACAGAGUUCUGGUGAACAUGGCGUCAUUGUCAUGACCUUGGGGACUCUGGUGGAGAAACUUCCUGAAGACAUUGCUGAGGAAAUUGCUGCUGCUUUUGCUCAACUCCCCCAGAAGGUGAUCUGGAGGCACAAAGGCAAGAAACCCUCCACUCUUGGCAAAAACACUUUAAUCAUGGACUGGUUACCCCAAAAUGACCUCCUGGGUCACCCCAAGACCAGAGUUUUUGUUGCCCAUGGAGGCACCAAUGGGAUGCAGGAGGCCAUCUACCACGGUGUGCCCUUAGUGGGCCUGCCCUUAAUGUUUGACCAGCAUGACAACUUCUUCAGGAUGGAAGCAAGAGGGGUGGCCAAAGUCCUGGACAUUGCAGCUGUGAACAAAGACGUCUUCCUGGAGGCGUUGAAAGAGGUUCUCCAUCAACCAUCCUACAGGGAGAAGAUGAAGGAACUGUCCAGCCUGCACAGAGACCAGCCCAUGCAUCCGCUGGACCGAGCUGUGUUCUGGAUCGAGUUUGUCAUGAGACACAAAGGAGCAGCGCACCUGAGGACUGAGUCUUACAAGAUGUCCACAAUCCAGUACUACUCCAUCGACGUGUUGGCGUUUCUGCUCGCAGUUAUCCUGCUUACAUUUACUGUUGUUAUUUCUGCAGUUAAGUUUCUCUUUCGGAAGAUAAUUUAUGGAAGCAAAGUUAAAAAGGAGUGAUGAUGUGGUGAAACAGUCAAAAAUGCAUAGACCUGCACUCUACAUUGCUCUUAGACUGGUCUCUGCACCAAUACCAGAACUCAAGUUUCAAACCAUUUUUUGUCCGAUAUUUACAAAGGAGCCCAUGUUGAGUUAAGUUUUAUUAUAAUUAUAGACACCUGUGUCACAUACAUGUAUGUGUCACUGAUCCACCAUCUAUGGGUCCUUUGAGAUGUGUUUGACCUAUUAGAAUAAGGAGGGAGAGAAAAACGUUCUACUACUGUCCACAGCUCAAGAAUGCCCGACUUUCUGAAAGCAUCAACCCCAUCGCACGCUCAGACGGAUGACGGGACUGUCAUGCCUCACAUCUGGAGGCUGCGGUGGCUGCGGUGGCAGUAUAAUGACCUGGGACUCACUUCAGUUGAAUCAAUAUUUUUUUCAACAUCAGAUUUUGUCCUCCCUGAUGGCACAAGCAUAUUCCAAGCUAACAGAGCUAGCAUUUACUGAACUCAGAUUGGACCUUCACGGUGUAAGAGACAUCAUAUCAGCCGUCACAUAUAUUAUCAAUACUUGAGAAAAUGAACACACCUCUGGCUGGAAAUAACACUGCAACACUGUAAAAGAUUAUCUUCUGUUCUUAGGCAGGCGGUUCAUUAACAAAUAAUAUAUAAUAAACAAGCGUACAAAAGCAGAUGUGAUGACUGACAGAAAGCAUUCCAGUAGUUUGUCGGGACUUGUUUGAACUUAACAUUUGACACCAGUGCUGAUCUAUUCCUUAGUCAGUCUGAAAGUGAGUUGGUGAAACCCUUUUAUUUAUGAGGAAAUGGGCCACUCUGAUUCUGGAUGUCCUACCGCUGUGCAGAGCCCAGUUUGACCCAGCACUUUCAAUUCUCCACAAUUCUGGAUCCAUGAACGCAAUUUAUGGCAAGUGCUAGAUAUGGAUAUACAUACAGUAAUUUGCUAAAAUAUAUUAUUACCAGUCAUUUACAACAAAAGGAUUUUAUUAACCUCGGGGGAAAAAAACAUUUUCUCAAGAUUUUUUAAGUUAAUUUACAACUUGCACAAUUAAAAAAAAUAAAUAAAUAGAAACCUGUUAAGAGAAUAAAAUUAUACACAGAACUGUUUCAGAAGUCUGAGUUUCCGUUAUCUGGUGUGAUUUCAGUCGACAAGUUAAUCUUUUGAGUUUGUGCUCUUUAUUUUAGGUUUGACUACUGUUUGAUGACAUCAGUUCACGUGUGGAUUAGGGGUAGGCAAAAUCAUCAAUAAGGCAAUAUAUCGCAAUAUUUUGCCGGCCGAUUCAAUAUUGAUACAGGGGUGAUAGUAAAAAAAAAUCCUGAGCCUGAACUUUUUUUCCCUGGGAGGUAAGCGAGCCCCUAAGCCAAGAUAUAUGCCCCGAUCAACACAAUUUUCAUUUUUUGUCCUCUUAAAGUGUAAGUCUGGUGUAAAUUGACCCAUGAUCCUGUUGUUCAAGCUCACCACAUGCAGCCCAUAGAAAACAGAAUGAGACAACUGAACAACAUAGGCCAGGGGUGUGAUUCCCUGGGACAACAUUUUGAUAAAUAGUUCAUUAAAUUGAAUGGACUAUUUUACUGUCAUGAGGAGGAAAGAUUGUAGAAAAACAUUAAUGUCAACACUAGUAUAAAUACAGGUUUGCUUGGCCUCACAAAAUGAUGCUGUUUACAAUGAGGUGGCAGCACUUAUGAUUCUAAUGUAGGGCUGAACGAUUUUUGAAAAUAAUCGCGAUUUUUUUCCUCAAUAUUACGAUUUAAUAUGUGAUUAUUUUUUUUCAAGGUCCUGUUCUCAUGUAUUUUUCAACUACACAAGCAAUAAAUCAGUCUGUUUCAAGUAGAUUUUCACUUGAAAUAAGUAGAAAAAUCUGCCAGUGGAACAAGAUUUUUUUGCUUGUAAUAAGAAGAUAAAUCUUGUCCCACUGGCAGAUUUUCCUUAUUUCAAGUGAAAAUUUACUUGAAACAGGUGAAAUUUGUCAAACAAGUUAUUUUUCUGGUGUUAUUUUUCUGGUGAUGACUCUAAAUGUUGAAAUAUCAGUAAAACCACAUUCAUUGAUGAAAUGACAUAAGGGAUGGAAAGGAGGGAUGGCAGUUUUACAGGGGGGAUGAUUUGGACCGUUUUUAUUUCAGGGGGCGGUGAUUUGGACCGUUUUUAUUUCAGGGGGGAUGAUUUGGACCGUUUUUAUUUAUUUUAUAUCACAUCACCCCUCAUCUCCCCUCAACUCGAAUACUGGAACUCAGAACUUCUUCAUAAAUAACUCCCAGAGAGAAAAAAAACACGCAAAAAACAGCAAGCUAACAAACAAACCAAUAAAGCUCUCAGAGUUAACAAAACGAACCAGCAAUGAACAACUCGCGCUGUUUUAACCUCUCAUCCUCAUGAACUGAUGGGCUGCAGGUGUGGUUUAAGCCUUAAGGCUGAUUUAUGGUCCCGCGUUACACCAACGUAGGCCCUACGCCGUGGGUUACGCGAACUACGGCGUACCCUACGGCGAAAGCUCUGCGUCGACUUAACGCGGAACCAUAAAUCAGGCUUCACAGCGCGACUCACUGUGCGCCCGGCUCCUCGCCGACUCCGCGCUCAUAUAUUUAAUAAAUUUAUAAAGCCCAUAUAUUUAUAAAGCCUCACUUGGCGCUGAGGCCAUGGUUUAGGUUACACGCGGACACGCGGCACUGUUGACUUUUCCCUGCCGGCUCUGCUCACUGGCUAAAAAGUCCCCUCACAAACAGUGUCCAGCGGCGCUACGUUCCGCCGCGCCGCGCUCCCAACGUUGUGUGCGCUACUCACCAGUAUUACGGUAUAUGAAAAAUUCAUAUCAUAAGAAAAAUAAACGGCAAACCUGAUUUUAUUUAUUUUUUUCUCGCAAACACCUCGGUAUGCCGGAAAUCCGGCGUGACGCCGGAGCGCUAUCACCCCUGUUGAUAUUCAAAAAUGUAAUAUCAACUUUUUUUUUCUUCAAAUAAUAAAUCAUGUUCCAUUACGACCAAAUCAUAAAAUUUGGAAAUCACAAUAUCAGAUCAAAUCAUGACUCAGGUACCGGAAUGUGUAUCGUAUCGUGAGGUCCCUGGCAAUACUCACUCCUAAUAUAGACUUUCUGGUCCUGAUCCUGUUGUUACUGUGUUUGACUGAAAGCUUAAUUAAACAAUCACGUGAGGGAUUUUCAAACUUGUUUUUAUCCACUUCAUAAUUUUACCUACAAUAAUCAGCUGCAUUUGUGAGUCCCGGAGGCUUAGCCAAGUAAGCAAACGGAAAGUGUUGGACCUGCACUUGCAGUCUCCGGACUGAUUGUACAGUCAUUUUUAAAAGUUAGUAUUCUGCUUUGGCAGCACUCGUUUAAGAUGUGGUUUCAUUGGUGAAGUUUGAAAUGGGGAUGUUUGGACACACUUGACCAGAAUUAAUAUAAAGUAAUAUUUAUCAGCAUCAUAAGUUAGUAUAAGCUUAGUUAGCCAAGCUAAAAUGACUACGUUCUUUGACGAGUGUUAUAUCUUGAAAGUCUAGAGGAGAUGUGCUGACAGAUAUAUUGAAAAGUCUUCCUGGACAUCUUGAAAUGAUGGAUGAACUCUGCAUCAGUGAAGACCCCCACGUCACGACCCCCACCACUCUUCAUCCACACGUACCUCUUCACAGCGGUAGCAGCUACAGCUACCUGGUGUGUGGUCUUGCCCACACACCAGGCUGGAAAAAUGUUUUGUCUGGUUAUACUGAAUAUGAUAAUAAACUGAAUUCCCAAUUUUAUUUGAUUAAUUUGCUAAUUAUUUUAUCAAAAUUUUACAUACACAAAUCUAAAUGUUCUGGUAAGAAACCAAACAAUACACCUCCUCCCUCUGUGAUCGUGAGAAUAAAAAAGCUGUUAAAACUUAUGAUCUAUGUAAGCUGUACAAUAUUUUUCCUGAGUAAAUUUUAUUUAAUUUUUUUUCUGUCCUGCUGUCAACCCCUGGUGUGUUUGAUUGUUUGUUUGUGUAUUAAUGUUGUAUACGACAUCUAAUCAUUAUUGUAUACACUGCGCUCACUUUAUGUAUACUCCUGUUGUGAAUGUCAAUAAAGACGUUAAACAUCAAAAUGAUAAUGUGAUAGACCAUGCAAAAAAAUUGGGAUUGUGGUAAAAAAAAAAAAAAGGGAUUUGAGCAUUAAGACCUGCAGUGUGAAUGGAGAUUAACUGUGAUUGACUUAAGGUGGGCAUGUUCCAGCCUGCUUCCCUGGCCUGUUCAGAAAGCUGGGGAAGGUUGUCCGGCUCUUAUAACUUAUGCUUGGACGACAUUCUUCUCGCUGUCCAACACCGAACUCCAAAUUGUUUGGAAAUGGUUUCAUAAAUGAUUCCAGAUUGAUGUGACAAUGACUUCUCUAAGACCAAAACUUACUGUAUGUCUUGCUUUUUUAGCAUUGUUUUAACACAGACCUGCCAGAGUGCUUGGUUUCAUAGAAGUGUGUCUACCUGCAGGUGAUCAGGUCAUAAGGGACUGAUGAUUGGCAACGCCUGGCUGCAGCUUAUCCUCCUCAGUGCUAUGGAAGCAGUAACGGGGUAUUUAUACUGGACAAGUUACUAUCAUUAUUGCUAUUAUUAUUAUUAUUAUUAUUAGUAUUACUGGCUCCAUUGUUGCUAAGGAAAUAACAGUAUACUGAAAAUAAGUUGUUGGUUUAUUUAUAACACUAGUGGAGGAUUUAAUCAUUUUAUACCAACAGAAGUCUUGGAGUUCCCUCACUUCUCUUUUUUUUCUGUGUUAUUGUGAAUCCUUUCUGAGGUCUUUGUAAAAGGCUGCUUUUAAGUUUAUGCUUAAGUCUAAACUCACUGUGGCUGCACGGAGUGAUGUGGGACGAUCCCUCAGCGGCCGUCAGGGCUGCGUGGUCCUGUUCCCAGGUAACGUCUGCCCCCUCUUGGUGGAGAGAGGAAGGACUGCAGGAGGAACGAGAGAAGUGAACAUGAUUAUACUCUCACAUGUCCUGUUGUUCUCUCUUUACU